AUGACUUCCAAGGAGGACGGCAAGGCGGCGCCGGGGGAGGAGCGGCGGCGCAGUCCGCUGGACCACCUGCCGCCGCCCGCCAACUCCAACAAGCCCCUGACGCCGUUCAGCAUAGAGGACAUCCUCAACAAGCCGUCCGUGCGGAGAAGUUACUCGCUGUGCGGGGCGGCGCACCUGCUGGCCGCGGCGGACAAGCACACGCCGGGCGGCUUGCCCCUGGCGGGCCGCGCGCUGCUCUCCCAGACCUCGCCGCUGUGCGCACUGGAGGAGCUCGCCAGCAAGACCUUUAAGGGGCUGGAGGUCAGCGUCCUGCAGGCAGCCGAAGGCCGAGACGGGAUGACCAUCUUUGGGCAACGGCAAACCCCCAAGAAGCGGCGAAAGUCCCGCACGGCCUUCACCAACCACCAGAUCUACGAGUUGGAGAAGAGAUUCCUCUACCAGAAGUACCUGUCCCCUGCCGACCGAGACCAAAUCGCGCAGCAGCUGGGCCUCACCAACGCUCAGGUCAUCACCUGGUUUCAGAAUCGGCGCGCCAAGCUCAAGCGGGACCUGGAGGAGAUGAAGGCCGACGUGGAGUCCGCCAAGAAACUGGGCCCCGGCGGGCAGAUGGACAUCGUGGCGCUGGCCGAACUGGAGCAGAACUCGGAGGCUGCCGGCGGCGGCGGCGGCUGCGGCAGGGCCAAGUCCAGGCCCGGCUCUCCCGCACUCCCUCCGGGCGUUCCGCAGGCCCCGGGCGCCGGGCCCCUGCAGCUCUCGCCCGCCUCCCCGCUCACGGACCAGCCAGCCAGCAGCCAGGACUGCUCGGAGGACGAGGAAGACGAAGAGAUCGACGUGGACGAUUGA